CUAAACCGUUGGCGUGUUCGUUUUCAGAUUACGGAAUAUUUCAGAUGACUUUGAGGAAGUUUCCAAACAGGCAUAGAAACGGCCAGUGUUUAGAUUGCAGUAAUUCAUCAUGUCACCACAAGCCAGCAAAGGAGAGGGGGAGAAAAUGACAAAGGCUACAUUAGUCGUGCCACCAUCUCACUGUCCUCAUUCAUUGAUUUUGCAUCCUCUUGGACACUUGCAUUCAUCAGUGCUCUUCACACUUGAGCUUGUUACUUUGAGCCUCAAGAUGUUCCAGGUCCAUACAACCAGAAAAGUAAUCUUCCUUUUAUCCAUGCUGGUUUGUCCUUCAGACCUCACUGGAUGUCAACCUGGCCGCCCUGGCAACCCUGGUUCUUCUGGAUCUCAUGGCCCGCCUGGACCUCGUGGCGGCAAUGGACCUCGUGGCGGCAAUGGACCACCUGGCCCCCCUGGCCCCACUGCCCUCCCUGGAAAACCGGGCCUACCUGGUCCACCUGGCCCCCGUGGACCUCCCGGCCCCCCCGGACCACCUAGCAUGACUGGAUCAUCUGGCCGUGAUGGACCUACUGGUCCCCAGCAAUCUGCACCUGCUCUGAAGGAGACACAUUUUCUUCCAAAGCGCUUUGCAAUUGAGGAACAACAGCGAGAACAUCAUUUUGACAGACGUCCAGCGCAGCCGGCAACCCAAUAACAAGGGCGUUGAUUGGCUGAUCCCUGCUUUGCAAACAAGUGCCUUAACCAUCGUGUAAUACAAAAAACACUUCACUUCAUCACAGAUAUAUUCAUUCAUCUGGCGACUUUUUAAAUAUUUUGACUUUGAAUUUACUCUCCUGAAAAUUAACUCUGUUUUCAAUAUCAUAAAUAUUCUCAUGUAAUCUGCUUUCCCAUCAAAUCUAUACUCAUGCACUCAUGUUUUACCAUUUAUUUUAAAGCAUCAAAUAAAGCAAAUAAAAAAAAA